AUGUCGAGAGGCCGCGGAGGCGGGAGGGGAGGUCGCGGCGGCGGCAGAGGCGGACGACCCAAUGUGUCGUGGGACACCGGCGACGAGCCCGACGGUCGACCAUCCGAGCUAUUCCCUCAUUACGCUCUCCCGGUACCGCGCCACCUGACGCCCACGGAGACCAACACAGUCAAGAACUUCCUCCUCCUACGACACCAACUGCGCGCCUCGGCGCUGUACACCUCUCUCCGGAGCGAGACGGACGUCGAUCCUCUACGGAGAAAGCACGGCGGCGCGACAUCACGGGGCACCAAGACGCCGUACGGGGUGCGCAGCCGCGCCAACCAGGACCCCUUCACGUCGAUGCCCACGUACGGCCAGCGCUUCGUGCGCGAGGACCGCGCCCUACCAGACUGGUCGAAUCGGCCUGUAUGUCGCGAGCUGUGGCCCUCGGAGCUCCUAAACACCAUUGACCCGGAGCCUGAUCGUGGGAACGGCGGCGGCCACCUCGUCCUGGGCGACGACACGGGCGACGCAGCGCCGCGCAAGAAGAAGCGUCGCCUCGAGCUGUCGCGGGUGGACGCCCUCCCCAACGCCGAGGUGGCGUUCGGCAUGGCGCAGGCCGGGGAGGACGAGGACGGCGAGAGGAACCUCCUCGACAGGCUAGAUGCCUUGGGCGACGAGACCGGUGAGGAUGGCGCCGAUCUGGAUGACGAGGAGGGGCUCGGCGACGCGGACGAGCAGGAUGAGGCGUACGAUGAUGAGGAUGCGGGUGAUUACGAUGCAGAGAAUUACUUUGACAAUGGCGAUGAGAUGGGAGAUGAUUAUGGAGAUGACGGCGAUGGCGAGGGCACGUUUUAA